ACUUUGAAAUGUGUGGAUUUUUUGAAUUUUAUUCCAGAUAGCCCUCAGCUAGAAUAUACACAGGAAUGUAAGGUAAGUUAAGUAGAUGUCCAAAGCUUAUAUGCUUAGGUGAAACUCUCAUGUUAGUUUCGCUGGUGGCCUCUACUCUGCAAGAGACCUUAUUGAGAUACCUACCAAAACACUAACAUGAAGUAAAUGAGAAAUGUAGGCACUACUAUCUCUCUAAACUGAGGUAAGUGAAUAAGGGUGAACAAUAGCAUCAAGAACUUCCUGGUCCAGUCACUUUAAUUCUUUCCUAGAAAGGACUUGAAAUGCUGUGGAGGCAGCAAACGUCAAGGUUUGGGAUGGAGAAGAGAGAAAGUGCUAAUGAUAAAGAAACAGUGGACCGUAAUUAUACUAAUGCCAGAUAUGUUAGUGUGGAUGAUUUAUACUAAUCUCACUGAUCAUUCGUAGUAAGCUAUGACUAGUUUGCACACUAGUUUGGUAUUUUUAAACAGCCCUUCUAGUUUUUUUAUUAUUUUGCCAGAAACAAGUGCCAUUGCCCUUUGUUGGUACUGUCCAACUUCUAGCCAAGAUACAUUACAUUUUGAGGUCAUAGAAUGCUAAAGUAAUUUUUUUAACAUCCGAUUUGCACAGAUCCCUUUAUUCCUGUAGUCUUUAAAGUGGAAGCACUCUCUGCUUUGUUGUUUAGGAUUGUGUUUGAGUAAACCGUUCUAGUUUAUGGUAGUGUUCUGAGCAGACUCAUGGCAAACAUUUCCACUUCAUUCUUUGUUUCUGUCAAUGGAAGGAACACACUUUUCAUGUCAGGAAUUGGUUGAAUUGGCAGGAUGGUUUGAACCAGAAGAACUCAGUUGUAUUUACAGUGAAAUAAAAGAAAAUUGACUGUGUAAUACCAACUUUUAAAUCUUACAUGCUGCUGAAAAUGGAGGUCAUACAGUAGUUGUGUUCAUACAUCGUUUUGGAAGUCUCUACAAAAACAGGUGAUGCAUGCUGGGUGUCUAGUUGGCCAAAAGUGUUAAUUCCAGUGACUGGAUAACUAAAUUGCCUUUGGUCUUGCGUUCUUCAUGUAGUCGUAUUAGCUUAUUUGAAUAGUUAAUUUUUCCAAGUAAAAGAGUGUUUGUUUGCUUGUUUAUUAAAAGACAAAGAAUGCCAAUAUUCUAGGAUUCUGCUGGACCAGUUCUACAGAAAUCGUCUUCAUCACAGAUCAAGGAAUUGAAUUCUACCAGGUAUUACCAGAGAAACGAAGUUUAAAACUUCUGAAGAAUCAGAGUAUUAAUGUCAACUGGUACAUGUAUUGUCCAGAGAGCUCUGUUAUUCUUCUGUCAACCACUGUCCUUGGCAAUGUCCUGCAGCCAUUCUAUUUCAAGAGUGGAACAAUGUCAAAACUAUCAAAAUUUGAAAUUGAAUUACCUGCAGCACCCAAGUCCUCCAAGCUUAGCCUUUCUGAAAGAGACAUUGCUAUGGCUACAAUAUACGGACAGCUUUAUGUUCUCUAUCUGAGGCAUCACUCAAGGACAUCCAAUAGCACGGGAGCAGAAGUAGUCCUCUAUCACUUACCCAGAGAGGGCUCCUGUAAGAAGACACAUAUUUUAAAGCUGAACAGAACUGGAAAGUUUGCACUGAAUGUUGUGGAUAACUUGGUGGUAGUACAUCAUCAGGAUACUGAGACUUCAGUUAUAUUUGACAUCAAGCUAAGAGGAGAAUUUGAUGGGUCUGCUACCAUCCAUCAAUUUGUACUUCCACCUCGAUCAAUACAACCAUAUCAAAUACCUGUAGCAGGUCCAGCCUCUGUGACAAGCCAGUCUCCUGUUCCAUGUAAACUCUAUUCUUCUUCUUGGAUUGUCUUUCAACCUGAUAUCAUCAUCAGUGCAAGUGAAGGUUACCUCUGGAGUCUUCAAGUAAAACUUGAACCUGUAGUUAACCUACUGCCAGAUAAAGGAAAACUAAUGGAUUUCCUCCUCCAAAGGAAAGAAUGCAAAAUGGUUAUCCUCUCUGUGUGCUCUCAAAUGCUCAGUGAGCCAGAAAGGGGAUCACUGUCUGUGAUUGCAACUGUUUUUGACAAACUGAAUCACGAAUAUAAGAAGUACUUGGAAGCUGAGCAAAGCUACACUAUGGUGGUAGAAGCAGGCCUGAGUAGAAGUAAUCCACUCCUGAAACGUCCAGUCCGCACUCAAGCAGUCAUUGACCAGUCUGACAUGUACACACAUGUUUUAUCUGUAUUUACAGAGAAGAAGGAAGCCCCCCAUAAGUUCACUAUAGCAGUCUUGAUGGAAUACAUUCGCUCUCUUAACCAAUUCCAGAUUGCAGUUCAGCACUACUUGUACGAGCUGGUCAUCAAAACGCUUGUUCAACACAACUUGUUCUACAUGCUCCAUCAGUUUCUGCAGUACCAUGUGCUCAGUGACUCAAAACCUUUGGCUUGUCUGUUACUGUCCCUGGAAAGCAUUUACCCUCCUGCACAUCAGCUCUCUCUGGACAUGUUAAAAAGACUUUCCACAGCAAAUGAUGAAAUAGUGGAAGUUCUGUUGUCCAAACACCAAGUGUUGGCUGCCUUGAGAUUCAUCAGGGGUAUUGGAGGACACGACAGCAUUUCAGCCCGCAAGUUCCUCGACGCAGCAAAACAAGCAGAUGACGAGAUGCUUUUCUAUACCAUAUUCAGAUUCUUUGAACAGAGAAAUCAGCGGUUACGGGGAAACCCAAGUUUCACACCAGGUGAGCACUGUGAAGAACACGUCACCUUCUUCAAGCAAGUUUUUGGAGAGCAAGCUCUCAUGAAGCCCACAACGUUCUGAAAGACUCUGCCAUUGAAAUGUAUAAACUUAAUUUAUUGCAUUUAAGUAGAUUUUUGAACUACAAAAUUGCUAUUUUAUAAUAAAGUAUAUACAAGACA